AUGCGAGUCGACUUGAUACCAGUUCAUGACCAGAGACGAAUGAUCAGCGAAAACAGCGAAAACAAUGCCGGACAAUUCUACAUGGUCGACGCAGUACGGAUGCCGCCGUUUUUCCAUCAAACAGACGACGCGAAAGGAGUCGCCGUGACAUUCAAUGCAGAAGAGAAGAAGGCGUAUAAACGACGAAUCAGACCGACGACGAGAUACGAGAUUGAGAUGAUCGAGAACAAAUGCAAGGAUGUGCCAGUAAACCAAUUUGAGAUACAUCAAACGUAUGUCGGCUCGGCAGCCACCGCAGUCGCCGCCUACGUCGACCGUGCUCAAAGUCGACAUGUCAGGGAGCAGACAGUUCAACGCGCAAUCCAGAUCAAGGCCCGACGAGAGCUGCUUACCACGACCAUACCGAUACCCAGAAACUUCGUCGAAGACGCCGAUCCCCUAACCGAUUCAUGGAUCACGGGAAAAACAGUUUCGGCACGCUUCCCAGUGGACGGAAGACGAUUCACCACCUUGGCGACAAUCACGGAGAUCAACGUAUGCAGAACUGAAGCAACCGUUGGGCUCCAGUUCCCACAAUCAGCUACCCAAUUCAUCAAAGCCUGGAUGGCAGAACACGCGGAAAAUAAUGUCACCAUUGGACCUGACCCGGAACAAAGUAUGGACGCUACGCAAGCCAUCAAGAGUGAGUUCAAGAAGACCACAGUACAGUCGGAAAUCUAUCAACAAUACAUAGGAAGGAAGACAGCCCAAAAGAAGCAGCAGUUGGUAACCAAGGAGCAGCGCCAACUCGGGAACAUCACCUUGGACGAGGCCCAAACAGACGCGCUACGAUCAAGCUUGGCUCGACAAGGAAUCAGCGUCACCAUCGCCCCACCCGGAUCCGGAAAAACGGUGCUAGUCUCUGCUUUAACCAAGCAGUGGCUAGAAUCAAAGGAAGCUUCAACCAUUGUCAUCACUGGCCCAACGAACCAGGCAAUUUCGUCUUCAUUGGCACCGCUGGAGGCCGUUAUUCCACUGGAGGAGAGACGAAUGUGCCGAUACACAUCCAAGCACAUCGCCGACAAAGACACCGACGAUCAGCGAUUCUUCAUCGAAAAUAUGGCUUACCGAUACGAAGAAUUCAUCACGGACCCCAUCCAGCAGAUGUUAUUGAAAACGAGGCGGGACGCUCUUGUUGCGGCGGAAAGGGAAUUGGAAGAAGCAACGACCGCCCUCGAGAUUCUGGAUAAGCAGGAGAAGACAAGGAAGGCUCGACAGGAACUUAUGGCCGAGUUCGAAAUGCUGUGGAAACCAAACAUCAUUGCCACCACAUCAACGCUCUUAUUGCGAAACCGCGAAAGAAAGUCGUGCCGAGAUGCGACGCACAUAAUCAUCGACGAAGCAUCUCGCCUCCACCCACCACAUCUCUUAGCGAUGAUCGCGAGCUUCCGACAAUUGAGGAAGAUCACGCUCAUCGGAGACUCGGAGCAGUUGGCCCCAUUCUACCCAGCACCAGACGGAGCAGACAUCAAGAAAUACGUAGGAGAAGCAGACUUGGUACGACUGAAGAACGCAUACCCGAAAGCAGUCGUUCAUCUGGAGAAGAUAUACCGAGCUCACCCCCUCAUCACGCGAAACGUCUUGGGAAAUUGCUAUCCCUACCGAGUGGAACCAGGAAUCACUGAAGAGAAGCGACCGAUGGCAAGAAACGCAGGGCUACCAAUUGCAGCGGAUGGUACACCGGUGAUACUGUACCACACGAAAGGAGUAUCGGAAGGUAGAGUGAACACGGCAGAGGCUGAGCUCAUUCACUGGCUUGUACAACACUUGAGAUCGAGAGGUGUAGACAGGGACGACAUAUUGGUGCUGACCUACCACACCAAUCAGCGGGACCAUCUGCGCAGGAUCCUUCGAGAUGUCCCGGUCGAGACGAUUGAUGGAUCGCAAGGAAGACAGGCGCCUAUCGUGAUAUUGGCAACAACAAAGCGAGCGACAACGACUGUGCCUGCAUCUAUUCAGCGGUCGCUACGAUUCGUCGGAGACGCAAAAAGAUCGACAGUGGCCAUCUCCAGGGCGAUGCAGGCUCUCUACAUCUUCGGAGACAUCGAGCAUUGUGCAGUGGGCAAGGAACAAUGGAGCAGUCCGGACGCCGGCGCGGAGGAAUGA